UUGCUUCUCAUUCACAUUUUUAGUUUUGAGGAUGCAGAAGACGUCACGCCACUAACGAUAAAGGACAAACUAAAAUACUUCUUCAUUGCAUAUUGGAGAGGAAUAGUUUGUGUGUUAACACCGCUUUUAGCUCUACCAAUUAUAUUACCACCACCUAUAGAGAAUUACCAAUGGUGUGCAUAUUGUCUUAUCGUAAUGGCAAUUUACUGGGUAUCUGAAUGUAUACCAUUGACUAUAACAUCCUUCCUGCCACUUGUAGUAUUUCCACUGACGGGAGUAAAUAGCACUGCUGACACUAGUAAGGCCUACAUGAAUGAUACUUUGAUCAUGUUUUUGGGAAGCCUUAUACUGGCUACUUCGGUAGAACAGUCGGGCCUUCAUAAACGCUUAGCUUUCUGCGCCAUAAAAGUCAUUGGCUUUACUCAUUUCAGACUGUUACUUGCAAUGUGUGUUGUAACCACAUUUAUUUCUAUGUGGAUCACAAAUACUGCAGCAACAACAAUGAUGGUGCCUAUUAAUUUUGCCAUUCUAAAGGUUUUUGAAGAUCAACAGUUAAUGAACAUAUACGAAACAAAUAUGCAAGGCGAAACAGUGGCCUCUGAUAUCACUACGUGCUAUUUUUGUGCAGCUACAUUUUCAGCAACAAUCGGCGGCAUUGGCACCUUAGUCGGUACGGCUACAAACUUAGUGCUGAAAGGACUUUUUCAAAAGGCCUACCCUGACGCACCUGAAUAUUUGUCAUUCCCAAAAUUCUCUGCAUUUUCGGUUCCAUACAUGAUUAUUAUGGAAGCGUUAUUAUUUAUAAACCUCAUUGUGCUAUAUCUUGGAUAUUUUAGACCAAACAGUGCAGCUGCGAAGGAAACUUCGAUAACUCCUGAUGGCAUAGCGGCUGCUAAAAGAGCUGUUGAUGCUGACUGGAAAAAAUUAGGAAGAAUAACCUUUUGGGAAUAUAUGGUAAUUAUUUUAUUUGGCGGCGCUAUGGUCUUAUUCUUUUGUCGAUCUCCUCAAAUGUUUGAAGGAUGGGGCGACUUUAUGGAGAAACGAUUUGAUAGGCCACACAAAUUCAUCCGAGAUUCGGCAUUAGCAGCUUUGGUAUCCUACCUUAUGUUACUUGCGCCAUCAAGCUUGUAUUUUUUCAAAAACUUCAUAGCAAAAUAUCAUGACAACUUUCCAAAAACACCUGUACAGUCGGUACUUAACUGGAGUGAAAUGAACGCUAAAUUACCUUACAGUUUUAUGUUUCUUUUGGGAGGAGGAUUUGCUCUCUCUGAUGCUGCUAAGAAAACUGGCCUUAAUGAGAAAAUUGGAGAAUCUUUGCAAUCUUUGAAAUCAUUACCCAUCGCUGCAAUCAUUUUAAUCAUAAUAAUAGUUGUUAUUUUUGUUACCAACUUCGCAUCAAACGUCGUUGUUUGUAAUGUGUUUGUGCCUAUUGUAAUGGAGUUGGCUAAAAAAAUUGAUAGAAACCCAUUAUGGUAUGCGAUUGCAGCUGGGUUUUCAGCAUCAUAUUGUUUCAUGAUACCUGUAGGAACUCCUGGAAAUCUUAUAGUUCAAAGUGCUGCGAGUAUACCAACUAAGAAAAUGAUUAUCGCUGGGGCUGGACCUACUUUAUCCACUAUAAUAAUUACUUGGGCAGCCGUUUAUUUCUGGGCUCCAGUAAUUUGGAGCGAUUUGUUAAUUCUACCGGACUGGGCUCAUGCACAAACAACAUAA